AAGAAAAGGAUCAUAGUGAAAGUGAUAAUUCAGAAUUUGAAACUCCUCUUAUUUCUGUUAAAAAAGGAUAUGAUGCUCUUAAAACAUGGAUCGAAUUCUUUGAACAGCAGAAUCAUAAUAAUUUUGAUGUUGAAGAUUUGAAAAUAUUUUAUAAAUAUAGUAAUAUAACAUAUU